AUGGAGUUUUAGCAAUAUGGUUAAUAAAUUCCAACGUUUUAAGCUUCAUCUUAUUUUUAGCAGGAAUAAUAAUUAAAUGGGGAUGCAAUAUAAUAAAAACUUGAAUUUAACGAAUCUAAAUAAACUUUAGAGAUGGAAGGUAGUAUGCCUGCUUCAUUGUUUUAAAUAGAUUAAUCUAUGAUAAAUAGAAUUGAGAACGAUUCAAAUAAUAAUAUAUUAUAAAGAGCAAGCGAUUUGUAAAAUGUUUAUUAAAUGCUGGACAAUGGAAAUAGUCAGUAAGAUAUUUCAAUCACAACAAGUACUUAAAUUAUAAAAGUGCAAGAUUGCGACAAUGAUCAAAAUAAUGAAACUCUUAAAUAACUCAGAGAGUUUCUAGUGGAUUAAAUUGAAGAUGUGUCGUUAAACGAUAUUUAUGCUAACUACGAGUUGCUCACUAAUUACUGCUUGAAACAAUAAUUCUUAUUAUAAAACAAGCAUUUUAAUCCGAAAGUUUACUUUCAAGGCAAAAAGAUAUCCCAAAUUUAAUUUAAUGAUAUUUUCACAGAAUAAAAAGUACAAACUUAAACUAACACCAAUGUCACUAAUGCAAACUAAGAAGGUAAAGUUAUCUAAAAUAAGCCCUUCGAAAAGUAGAGAAAGAAUUUUUAAAAUUCUAAAGUUUCUUCUGGUAUAUAGUUAGAUUUUGUAAAAGAAGUGAAGGAAGAAAGCUUUUCAGUUGGUAGUGUAACCCCAUAAUCACCUGCACAAAAUACUAUUAUUGCAGGUUUUUAAAAAUAUCCUUAACAUCAUAUAUCCACUCCAGUUAAAAAAAAUUCUAUCAAUUUGAGCUCUGCUUCUACAAAAUUAGGAUUCUAACCUAAUUCAGGAGUUUAUAGCUACAUUAACAGUAGUAAUCAAGCAUUUGAUAUGUCUAGGAGCUUACUCCAAUCAAGAAGUAUCUAAUAAGGAUCUAAUUACAACAUAAACCAGCCUUAAGACCAAUAAAAAGAUGAAGUGACAUUAACAAAAGGCGAAAAUUUUAAUACUUAAAACACAUAAGCUUCAAAAGAAACAAAGUAGAUAUAAAAGGAGAAAACAAAUUGCUAACAAAAAAAAAAACCAAAUUUAAUUUAAACUAAUUAAAAUAAUAACCAAUUAAUGUAAAAGUCUCCUAAAAGUAAAUUAGUAGAACAAAUUAACAACUUCGAAGCAUAAGCUUCAAGCAAUAAAAAUAAAAAUUACAUUUCAUACAUUAGAGAUUACUCAGGAGGUUCUGGUAACAAAGAGGUAUCUUCUUCUUCUAAAUAAAAUUUAAAUGGAAAUAAUUCCAAAUUGAUUUAAAAUAACAAUUCCCACACUAAUUCAGCUACAAAUAUAGCAAAUCUUUAAACCAACCAUCUUAAAAAUGUGUAAAUUAAUUUAUAUAGUAGCAAAGGCUCGUCUAAUUUGCCAAUAGAUAACCUAAAUAAAUUAGAAAAUCAAUAAAAAACAGAUAAUUUAAUUAAAACAGAAAGCUUAAAUAAGAUAGAUAUAUUUUAGAAGCCAGAUUAACAAAAAAAGUAAGAAAAUCUAAACUAUAUCGAUAAUUUUUAAAAAAAAGAAAGUUAAAUUAGUCAAUAAAAUGUAAGUAAAUUAGAUAAUUUAAUUAAUUAUGAUACUUUAAGUAAGAUAGAUAAUUUAAAUAAGAUAGAUAAAAUUGAGGGUUAAAGUAAAUUUGGAAAUUUAGUAAAUAACAAUGAUUAAAAAAAGCUAGAAAGCAAUAGUAAAACAGAUUUUCUUUUAAACCAAAAUAAUAAUAACUUUCUUUCUAAAAAUAAAUCUUUAUCUCCCAAGGGCUAGUAAAGCAUUGGUUUAAAAAGUUAGUUAACUAAGAAAGAAAGAUUUUAAAAUUUAUAGCUGACUGAUUAUGUUUAUUCUUCAGCAACAAAUUAAUCCUAAACAACUUAAUCAAAGAAAAGUGCUGUUAUAAAUUUAAAUUUAAAAUUAUCUCCAAAAGGAAGCUCUUAAAGAGUUUAAGUAUCUCAACUUGAUGGGAAUAAAGUAAAUGACAACAAAUAUGAGAGUAAUAGAAGAAGUGCUAAUUCAAGUUAAGAAACAACAAAGCAGGAACUUAAAAAAGUAUAAAUAAACCCUGGAAAUAAAGAGAGAAAAAGUAUUAGCAUUCACCUUGAGUCAACUAAAUACUAUUAAUAUAAUAAUGAGCAGCCAAUUUCUGUAAAAAUAGAUAAAAUUUAAAAGGACUCAGCUUCUAAGGUAACAAACAGUUCAAAUAUUUCGUAAUCUCCUUUAUCAUCUUAAAUUCUUAAAGAUUAAGUUAAGCUUAAAAAUGAAAUAAAUAAGCUAAGUAAAUUGCUAGAUUCAAAUUCUAAUAAGUAAGAGUAAAAUUAAAAUACAAAUGAUUAAAUAACUGUCUCUUUAUAAUCUACUUAGUAAUAGAUUUAAUCUUAAACUUUGAUUAAUACUGCAUCUACAUCCAAUACAAAUAAAUAAAGCAUUGAGUUCAAUAAGAAUUCAAUGAAAAAAUAGAUGCAUUACACUAUACCAUUAAUAAAAGAUUUAAAUCUAUCGAAGGUAUCAUCCUAAGCUAUACUCCCUGAAGAUAAUGGAUCACACAGAGAAAUAAAAGACUAUGCUACCAGUGCUGCUAAUUCGCGUACAGUAUCUCCUUCAAAUCCACUGAAGGAAAUGAGAAUACCAACCUCAGGAAACAGCUUAAAUAACUCGAAUGCUAGGUUAAGUAGCUCUCUGUAGCCAACUCCUAGGGACCAUCAUGAUUAAAUUCACUCUGCAGUAAUAAAUUAAAAUAUCAAUCAUUAAGUAGCAAGGAAUAUUGCUUCUGUAAUAUCAAUCCUUAAUAAUAAGGUUUCUAUAGAAAAUAAAAGUAUGCCAAGAGGUUACAAUACAUUAAGCAAUAAAUCAAACCCUUUAAGUCCAAACCAAAGAAGUUUAUCAAGAGGAAAAAUCACUCCUCUCCUUUCUGGAUAGGUGCCAUCUGAGCUAAAUAGCAGAAACACAAGUUAAAUAUAUUAGAGUAACUUUAUGAGUUCAAAUUAAUGUACUUCAUAAAAUAAUAGAAAUUUGCUUAAUUCACCUUCUUAUGGAAGUAUAUUUUAGCCUUAAUUGAGUUAAAAAUACACAUAAAUAUAUUAAUAAAUGGAGCUAUUAAACUAAAAAUUUAAUUAAAUGGGAAACAAUAACCCUUAGCAGCAAAUUAAUGUAAACAUACAAAGUAACUUAAAUAGUAAUAAUGGAUCGUAAGUGUGUUUAGGUUAGCCUAAUUCUUCUAACACACUCAGAAAUUCCUCAAAAAAUAAUGUAAAAAAUGUUAAAAAAAAUAUUUGA